AUGCCUCCGCGCCGCCGCUCCGCCUCCGGCUACCGCGCCGUUCGGGGCGCGGCCGAGCGGCCGCUCGACGCGGAAAUCCGUUCCGGCGACGAGCGGAUCCGCCUCGGCACGUUCGAUACGGCGCACGAGGCGGCGCGGGCGUACGACUACCGUCGCUCUGGCGCCUCGCAGCGCCGCCGCCGGGAGCUGGAACAGCGCCUACUCAUCGCAGAGCGCGACGAGGCCCUCCGCCUCGAGUGGGCGCGGCAAUUUCCUGAAGAUGUCGCCGCCACCGAAGCCUUCUACGCGCAGAAGGAGGAGGAGAAGGCGGCGGCGAAGACGAAGAAGAAGGAAAUACACCUGCCAGCACCAAUAUGGCAGCAAAUGAUUGGUCCAAAUACAGAGAGCAUCUGCACCCGAGUUCCAUUUCGAAUUUCUGAACCUAAGAAACUUUUUUAA